AUGGAUAUCUCGACCGUUAUGAUGAUUUUAGCACUAGUUGCAGCUUAUUUGAUGUGGUUCAGAUCCACUACAAGGUCCAUGAAAGGGCCCAGAAUGUGGCCCAUUUUGGGAAGCAUACCGGGCCUGAUCGCGAACAACGAUCGGAUGCAUGAAUGGAUCGCUGACAACCUCCGCACGUGCGGUGGCACGUACCAGACUUGCAUAUGUGCAAUUCCGUUUUUAGCCCGGAGGCAAGGGCUCGUGACUGUAACGUGCGAUCCAAAGAAUUUAGAGCACAUUUUGAAGGUUAGGUUUGAAAAUUACCCCAAGGGACCUACUUGGCAAGCCGUGUUCCAUGAUCUACUAGGCCAGGGCAUCUUCAAUUCUGAUGGUGACACGUGGCUAUUCCAACGUAAGACGGCUGCAUUAGAAUUCACCACCCGGACCCUCCGACAAGCCAUGGCUCGAUGGGUGAGUCGAGCCAUUAAGUUGAGAUUCUGCCCGAUUCUAUACACGGCACAGGUUGAGGGCAAUGCGGUUGAUUUGCAAGACCUUUUGUUACGACUAACAUUUGAUAACAUUUGUGGUUUGGCUUUUGGGAAGGACCCACAGACUCUUUCUCCGGGCUUACCAGAGAACAACUUCGCUUCUGCUUUUGACAGAGCAACCGAAGCCACCCUCCAACGAUUCAUUUUGCCUGAAUUUGUAUGGAAAUUGAAGAAAUGUCUUCGGCUCGGAAUGGAAGUCAACUUGAGCCACAGCAUAAAACACGUGGACGAUUACAUGACCAAUGUCAUCAAUACACGUAAGCUCGAGUUGGUGAGCCAGCAAAACGGUGGGGCCCAACAUGAUGAUUUAUUAUCAAGAUUCAUGAAGAAAAAAGAGUCCUACACUGAUAAGUUCCUCCAACAUGUUGCACUCAAUUUUAUCCUCGCGGGACGUGACACAUCAUCGGUGGCGCUCAGUUGGUUCUUUUGGUUGGUCAGCCUAAACCCUAGAGUGGAGGAAAAAAUCCUGAUUGAGAUUUGUACUGUUUUAAAGGAGAUUCGCGGCAGCGACACUACAAAAUGGGUCGAUGACCCCCUAGUGUUUGAAGAAGUUGAUCGAUUGAUAUACCUUAAAGCAGCACUAUCAGAAACACUUAGGCUAUAUCCAUCGGUUCCAGAGGACUCCAAACAUGUCAUCUCCGACGACACAUUGCCGGACGGCACCUUUGUUCCUGCUGGUUCGAAUAUCACUUAUUCGAUAUACUCAACUGGUCGAAUGAAAUUCAUAUGGGGAGAUGAUUGCCUAGAAUUCAAGCCAGAAAGGUGGUUGUCAGAAGAUGGCAAGAAAUUUGAAGCCAAGGAUCAAUUUCAAUUUGUCGCAUUCAAUGCUGGCCCAAGAAUAUGUUUGGGGAAGGACUUGGCUUACUUGCAAAUGAAAUCGAUAGCGGCAGCAGUGUUGCUUCGCCACAGUCUCACGGUGGCGCCGGGGCACAGGGUGGAGCAAAAAAUGUCAUUGACAUUGUUCAUGAAGGAUGGUCUCAAGGUCAAUGUGCAUCCAAGGGAUUUAACUCCAAUACUAUCUAAAAUUAGCAAGGAGGGUGAAAUGGUAAGUGGGAUUGCUUAA